CUCGACAUCAAGGUCCCUAGAACUUGGUGGAAACAGCCUGACGCCAGAAAAAGAGCAGAGAGAACCAAACAGCCAACACUUCUUUCUAGAACAAAAAAAAUAUUCCACUCCAUUCAACUUUCUGCACAGCUUUCAUUAGAAACUCCACGGCAAAACCUGUCAUCUUCCUCGGCGUUAUUCCCAGAAGACUUCGGACGCAUCGUAUUACACCUGCCCCGCGUGUCUCGAAAACUCAAAUCUACACCUUUGCGCCACUGCGACCGCUGGGUCUUCAACUGCAAUACGACUCCCCUUGAUCAUGGCAACAAUUCCAAGACCUGUCUUUAUCUAUGGUACCGUAUGUGCUCGACCACUGCUCGCCUGGGUUCUGACUGGUGACGCUACUCAAGUCGAGGAGGUAUCGGCCCUCGUUCGGUCCGCGAAAGUGGAAAACGUCGCACGUUACUCUUUACAUGGCUGUGAUUAUCUAGCCGCCAUCAGAGAACAUGGUUCAUCCAUAAAUGGACUUCUAAUACAGCCUCAAUCGCUCUCACAACGGAAGAAGCUUGACGAUUUUGAAGGCGAAGUUUACCAAACCAAUCUAGUUCAAGCCAUGGUGUUGAGUUAUGGUGGCGAAACGGUCGAGAGCUUAAUCGAAGCGGAUAUAUACCUAUGGAAUGGUGAUAAAGAUUUGGUUCUGAUCAGUCUUGGGACUUGGAAUGGUUCCUACAAGAAAGACUGGAGGACUGGAUUGAGCUUUUUGCGGGAAUGGAGAUGGUGGGGGAUGGUGACGAUUGAGGCGUAGGCAACAAGCAUCUUGGAAGCACCGUGGCCCUGAACACAACUCCAAACUUACAAAGCUGUAGUUAGCUUUCCUCCAAGCAUCGAAUUAAUGGCUCGACCGACGGGACAAUACAACGAAAACCAACGUUCAGAUCUCCCAUGUAUCCCCGCCAAUCAAAGCCAGCGAGUAAACUGAACAUCACUGUGAGUAAAACUUGAGUCCUUUAAAGCGUCCUUACCGGAAUCCGGGGGACGCCGCUCGGCACGGACAACGCAGAGCACGGGCCGGAGCCCAUAAAUAGUCAUAGGGUCUAGUCCGUCAGGCGCUGCACAGAGGAAGUCUAACCUUACUCGGUUCAUCUCAGGUGGGC